UCCAGCUCCAGCGGUGCUUUUGUUGGGAGAGGAAUGAACUGCUGUGGAAAAUAACAACACCGCCCUUGCUGGACAGAGAGAAGAAGAAGAAGAAGAAGAGUCGCCACUGCUGGACGGUCGGUGCUUUUAAAGUUUCGCCUUCUUAACAUGUGCUGUGCCUGAUGGGGCUGACCUGCGUUGUGAAUCCGUCCUGGAAGACCAUGCUCUCCCUCCUGCUGUCUGCAAUGCUGGCCGUCCAAGCAACGGCCGCGAUGGAACUGUACGUCCCGGAACAGCCAGUGGUUGCGCUGCACGGCAGGGACGUCACGCUCAACUGCUCCUUCAGCCACGCCGACCCCUUGAACCUGUCGGAUGUGAACGUCUUCUGGCAGCUGACGGACACCAAGCGCAGUGUGCACGGGUACUCGAAGGGACGCGACCAGCUGGCGGACCAGGUAGAGCGCUUCGCCAACCGUACCAGCCUGUUCCCCGCCCAGCUGGGCCUGGGCAACGCUUCGCUCCUGCUAAGCAGGGUGGUGGUGGCCGACGAAGGCAGCUACACCUGCUUCGUCAUGGUGAAGGACUACGGCAGCGCCGCUUUGCAGCUGCAGGUGGCCGCUCCCUACUCCAAGCCUGUGGUGACCUUAUACCCCGAAUCCAACCUGCGGCCAGGCGACGAGGUGGCCCUGACUUGCGUGGCCUACGGAGGCUAUCCUGUGGGCGACGUGGUGUGGCAGGACGGCAGCGGGCGCAACCUGACAGACAACAUCACCACUUCACUUGUGGCUAACGAACAGGGGCUGUUCACCAUGACCAGCUUGCUGACAGUCACCCUGGAGCCCAACAGCACCUACAGCUGCCGACUGAUCAACCCGCUACUGGGCGAGGAGGGCUUCGCCUUCGUCACGAUCACAGGUCAGAACAUCGCGUUCCCCCCAGUGGCUCUGUGGGUAACUGUUGGCCUGUCCGUGUGUCUGCUGGUGCUGCUCAUCGCCCUGGCUGCCGUCUGCCGCAGGAAGAUCAAGGAGAGCUGCGAGGAGGCCAGGAGAGAAGCUGAAGAGGCCAAGGAGCUGGAAGAAGACGAGUCAAAGACAGCUUUGACGGCGCUGAGAAGCUAAGGUCGAGAAUGAAGGAGCCGGGGCCAGACGAGAGGAGAGGUUGCGGGAGGAGGGAGGGGGAGGAGGAGGAGGAGGAGGAGGAGAUGAGUCUGGCGGGUAAUCCCACUCCACCUAUCCAUCAACCUGGAGACUAUUUCCAGCGUCCCCUGCAGAAUGUCAAAGCCUCGCUGAGCAGAAGAUGAGUCCAUCAUCUUCUUUCUAAGACUUUCCCUCGAGUUUCCAUCAAAACAUAUAAACACAUCACGCGCCAUUAUUUUCUAUCGCCCUCCUUUCCUUUUUCCUGUCAAUGGAGGGGCCGCGGCCGGCGAGCGAAUGCAGUUGAGCGGGUUGCGUUCUAUGCGGCAUGCAGAGGAGAUGCUGCGCUUGAAAAGCGACAGGAAGUGACAGGAUCCUCUCUCUUGUCGCUGACACCGCUCUGUAUGGGUUGUGAUGGGGCAUGUGCCAGAGAUCUCCUGUCUAAUAGGAAGUGAGACACUUAAAGAGAUGACCCUGCUUCAGUCGCCACCGCCGUCUCUCUGCCAGGGAGAGAGCUUGGCUCUCCCAUUACUCCUGCACUUGCUAAUUAGCGUCUGUCGCUGGAGUAACUUGUACCUGUCAGCGUGCGCCGCUCUCCUAUAUUCAGUAAGUUGAGGGAAUUGAAAUUGAAUGCCAGCUAAGCUCCAACAAACUGCAAAUGGUGCAUGGGAUACACCCUGAUUUUCUCACUGACCAGACAGCCUUAUAUGUAAGAAAUUGUUUUUAAUGAAUUCAGACUACGGCGUGUGCUGAGUGUUUUCUCUCGUCCAGGCACAGGUACAUGUUAUUGCAUUUUUUUUAUUAUUUGUAUUUUUUACUUAAACAAGGCCCUGCGCCAUAUGUCCGUGUACGAGUGCCAAAGACCUUUGUGUGAAAUUACACAGUGCCUAUUUACAUUAAAGAGACAUGGUGAAA